AUGCUGGACGUUCUGCUAUCUCUCCCGAUCCUGUCGUACUUUGCGGCACCCGCGCUGACCUCAUGGUCGACGUCUCUGAACCUGCUCUUCUUCUACUUGACAUGGUCGACAUUGGUCCUGUCGCAUUCGCCCCUGAAGAUUGAGCUUAUCGGCACCCUCGCCGUGCGCGUUGUGCUCUGGCUGGUGCCGUCGUUGCUCUUCCUCCUCUUUGACACGGGGAUCCCCAGCCUGUCGGAAUCCAUCAAGCUCUAUGGCUCCUCAUCGCUGCCGCGCCGCGACGCCGCGAGCCAGCUCAAGAAGCUGCUGCUCGCCGUCGUGAACCUGCUGCUGUUCACCGCGGUGCAGGCGGCCCUGUCGAUCGGCGCAACCAUGUUGCUGAAGGGCCCGCUCUUCAAGACCUCGACCACGCUGCCCCUGCCCUGGCAGAUCAUCAAGCACAUCGGCUGGCUGUACACCACGCGCGAGGUCCUGACGUACUACAUCCACCGCAACAUCCUACACUCGCGGGGGCCCCUAGCAAACCUACACAGGGGCUAUGCGCACUCGCACCGUGGGGCUCCGUACUCGCUCAUGCUCUACGCCGACCACCCGCUCCCCCUGAUGCUGCACCGCCUGCUGCCCGUCUACCUCCCGUCCUUGCUGAUCCGUCCGCAUCUCCUGACGUACUUCCUCUUCACGGUGUUCACCACCGUCGAGGAGAUGAUGUCCAUGUCGGGCUACAGCGUCGUCCCAGGUAUCAUCAUGGGCGGCGUUGCGCGGCGGACGGCCACGCACUACGCCAGCGGGGGGCGUGGAAACUUCGGUGCAUGGGGCCUACUAGAUUGGAUCAAUGGCACCAGUGUGGGUAAAGACGUGAUGGAGGAUAUUCAGGAUGAAGCAGAGAAGCACCAGCUGAAGGAACGGGGAGAGAAGGCUGCCAACGACGCUGGGAACCUGGUCCAGGAUGGUAUUGACGGUUUGAGAAAGAAGAGAGCUAGCAAGAAGAAGGCCUGA